AUGAUGUGGAUUUUUGAUAAUGUGUGCCGAGUAGCUCAUUAUUAUUUAUUCUAUUUAUUUAAAAAAAACCAAAACGAUAUGGAUGAAGGAUGUAAACAUUUGUACUAUUUUAUAUAUAAUCAUAUACUGAAAAAUACAUCAUUUAAAUAUGAUAAAUUAGAUUUUUUCAAAAUGUUAUUGAAGGAAUAUAAUGAUUCUUAUGAAGAAUAUGAUUUCCUUAAUACUUAUAUUGAAAAAAUCAAAGAAGAUAUACUUGAAAAAAAAAAGAAUUUAAUAGAAAUGUAUGAUAACCUUGAUAAUUUUAACAAAAAAAAAAGACAGGAAAAUCAAAAAAGUUGUGUAUAUAUUAAUAAAUGUAUUGAAAUUUAUAAGAAAUAUACAGAAAAAUGCAAAAGUAGCAGUGAUUUGUUUUGUUCAGAAUUAAAUCAAUUUAUUGAAAGAUAUAAUAAACAUAUGGAAAAUGAUUUCCCCUGUGACAAUAUUCAAAAAUUUUUGCCAUAUUUCGGAAGGAGCAAUGUGAAUGUUAUUAUUUUAAUUCCAAUUAUUCUAAUAACAUUAAUAUUAUCUAUUUUAUAUAUAUUAUAUAAGUUUACCCCCUUAGCAUCAUGCAUAAACUCUAAAAAAAUGAAGAAGAAAAGAUCCAUUAAUGAAAUAUUACAUGAAUCCGAAAAUAGAGAAAAUAAUUCGAAUAGGAGACCAUACAACAUUUCCUAUAGAUUGUCAGAAUAA